UCCAGUUCGUGUGUGUAUUUGUGCUGUGAAUAAGUGUUAAAAGUUACAAUAAUUUUAGUUCUUAAAAUACUUAUGUUCAUAAAAAGCAAAGAUAAGACAUAUGUGUGUUCGUAAAGUAUACUUGAAGCUGUAAAAAAACAUGGUUCUCCAAAGGUUAAGAGUGCAUUUUUCAGACAAAUUUAAAAUAAUAACAUUUUCAUGCAAGUAGAGACAGUAAUACGUAGUAUUAUAAAAUAAUGAGUGUAGUACUGGCAGCAAUGGACGUAGCACACGCCUUUAGCAAAUUUGGUAUUUCAAGCCAACAGCAAAGUAUUCAAAUACAACAACAGCAGCACAUGCCAAAUGAAGAUAACGUUGCAACGUCAGAGCCGAAGCAUGGAGAAGAGCUACAUAAAUCAUCAGAAAACUCAUUGCUACAUUUUAGUGUUGUUAAUAUACUAAGGCCAGAAUUUGGCCAAGCAGCCAUUCUAAGCACUCGUAACUUAUCUUUGAGGCGAUUGACUCCAGUAAAGGUAUUACAGCUACCCAUUGAGAGGUCACUUGGCCUCCCCCAAAAUCUCAGUCUUGCGUCAUCGAGCUGUCUGUCACCUAACUCUUCCUCAUCGAUAUUUGACUCUGGAUUUAGCAUUGUUACCGCAGUUCACAGAGAUUCACGUGAUAGUCUCUCAUCACACUGUGGACUUGACUCACCCACACAUAGAAUUUCCUCUUGUCUUAGCAGAAGUGGUAGUCUUGAAAGCUUGGCCAGUAGCCGCAGUUCUAUAGUAGGAGGAUCAGUUCACUGUUCACCUUCAUCAACAUCAUCACCGUCCUGUUCUUCCUCUACUUUCUCGUCUUCUGUUACUUUGUCUACAGUACUCAGUACCAGUCCUGAGUCUCACAACAAUGACAGCAUUUCCGACAGUUCUUUAAACUCAAAAAACUCCACUAAUGCACAAAGUCUUUGGCCAGCUUGGAUAUACUGCACCAGAUAUUCAGAUAGACCUUCUUCAGGACCACGAACAAGACGAAUUAAACGCAUGAAUAACGAUAAAAAUUUGAGUGUAGCAGAGGAAAAACGACCACGAACUGCGUUUAGUGCUGAACAACUAACGAGGUUACGGCAUGAAUUUACAGAAAAUCGAUAUCUGACUGAGCCUCGUCGUCAAAAGUUAUCCAAAGAGCUGGGACUUCAUGAGCAGCAAAUCAAAAUUUGGUUUCAAAAUAAAAGAGCUAAAAUAAAAAAAGCUACUGGUCAAAAAAAUCCACUAGCACUUCAGCUGAUGGCUCAAGGCCUCUACAAUCACUCAACAGUUCCAGUGGACGAAGAUGGUGAUGAAAUGUCUACAAGUCUUUAAUAGAUAAAAAUAGUACUUCAGUGUGGUAAAUAAAGUUCAAAUAUAAAAAAAUGGUUUAAAAGAUUUAUUACAAUGAUUAAAAUUGCAAUGAAUGGACGUGCUAAGAUUUUUUAAACAAAUCUAAUCAAAAAGGGAUAGUACUUGCAACCGAUAACUUGUUAAAAGACGAACCUUUAAAAUAUAAUGCUGAAAAUUGCAUAUUAAAUUAAUUAUCUAUUAUAAUUGUGCUUGGAGUUAACACUAGUAUAAAAUACAUUCAUAUAAAAAUCUUACAAACUUGUCAGGGGUACUUUUUACAGAACUGCGGAAGCAACAGUUUGUCGCAAAUUCUAUUUUCAAACCUUUUGUUAAUUCUAAAAUUGAUUGUGGAAAAAUCUGUAAUUAUAAGUACUCAUAGAUAAUGGAUUAUACGAGCAUAUUACAUGAAAGCCAAUUUAAAAAUUUUAUGAUAUUUAUUUUUUAAUAAACCUAAAAUUGUAUACCUCAUUGAUUGUUACAGUCAAGAAAUUUUCAA